AUGUUUUGGUCGCGCGUCCAAUUCGCGGCACGAAGAAGAGAAGAUAGCCGACCGCUUUAUCGAAGAAUCUUCACCAAUCGUCGACUAGAUAUAGCUCACAAAGUUAUCGUCCGUUCGAUUCUCGGAUUUCUUGUCUUCAGCACCUCGUAUUGUGUUAUCAACGCCGGAAUUUACUAUAAAUUCGUACGGCCGAUUCGCCAAGAAGAACGAGAAAUUCUUGAGAGAGAGCUAAUUGAGGCAGACAAAGCGGGAUUUGCUUUCAAAAAGUGA